UCUCUGACUGGAUCAUGUAUUUCCAUAAUCUAGUAAUAAUAAUGAAGAUAAUAAUAAUAAUAAUCACAUGCUAGUAGUGGUCGUCACGCUUCCAUGAAACAAAUAUCCUGGGUAUUUCAUCCGAUGAUAGCAAAUGCACAGUCAAUGCUCCCUAGACAUCCAGAACCAAGUCCAACACCCCAGACGCCGCCGGACCCGCCAGAUCCCCUUUUAUCGCAGUUAUAUAUCCAGCAGGAAAUGAAAAGAAAAGACAAGAAGAAUUGAGCGUCGAGGGAAGGGCGGGCGGGGAGGUCGAU